UCGUGAUGUAGAAAGGAGAAACACGUUUUCUUCAUCUAAAUUGUAAACAUUGCAUUUUUAAACAGUUUUUGAUGGUAUACAGCACAAAGAAAAGAACAGUAUAUCAACAUUAUGAAAAGGAGACAUUCAAAUGAAGAUGAUGGUCCAAAAGAUGAAGUAGAACCAUUAACAGAGGAUGCUGUUCCAGAGAAAAAGACGAAGAAAAUUGACAAAGGACAGUUAUAUAAACCACUAUCCAGUGAUGAACUUCAUCAGCUUAAAGAUGCAGAAAAUUUAUUCCAUUCUAAUGUUUUUAAACUUCAGAUCACAGAGCUGCUGAAUGAAGUUCAGUUGAAAGGGAAAAGAAUUUCAAAGAUCAAUGAAUGUAUCAAGGAUUUGAAAUCAAUAUUAUUACACUUGCCAAGAGGAAAAGAACAUGAUCUUGGAGAUUGUAGCUGGCUGUCUGACAAAGUAAAACUCCCUUUAAUAGAUCAUGGGAGGAUGAUAAAGGGAAAAUUUAAGUUCCUUCCUCCUAUAGAUGUGCAAGAGAUUGGCAGUUUCUCUACUGGUACCUGUCUGCGACCAAAUCCAUCUGUGGAUCUUCAACUGACAAUUCCAAAGGAAUUUUUCCAACCUAAAGAUUAUAUGAAUCACAGAUACAUACAGAAACGAGCGUUAUACUUGUCUGUUAUUGCAUUGAAGUUACAGAAACAGGAAUGUGUACAAUAUGUGAAGUUUUCCUAUCAAAAUGGGAACACACUCAAACCAAUUCUUGCUUUAGAUUAUAAAGGAGAGGGCAAAGAGGUCACAUUUCAUCUUCAUGUUUGUCCCCAAGAAGGAACAUUCAAGUAUAGUCGUUUCCAUAUCAACAAGAAUAAUGUUAGACGGUCAUGGUUUAAUGGCCAAGAAUCAGAAGAAGUUUUUUCAGAAGAACCUGCCACACCCCAUUACAACACAGCCAUCUUACAAGAUCUUACAAUGACCAGUAACAACCAAUGCAUGAAAUCAGCUUUACAGGAUGCCAACUCUGUAAAGGAAGGGAUCAGUCUGCUCAGAAUAUGGUUACAGCAGAGGGAGCUUGAUAUUGGACAUGGUGGAUUUUCUGGUUUCAUUAUAUCUAUGAUUGUUAUUUCACAGGGAUAUGGUGGAUUUUCUGGUUUCAUAAUGUCCAUGUAUGUUAUAUAUUUAUUGUCCAGGAGGAAACUAAACAAAAUGAUGAGUAACUACCAGAUUAUGAGGAAUACCCUAUUACAGUUAGCAAAAGAAAAUUGGACAGAGGAAGGACCUGAUCUUUGUGGUGAUAAGUCAGACCCUAAUCAACCAACAACAGAUGAUUUUCAGCAAAUGUUUAAUUGUGUAUUUUUAGAUCUUACUGGUUAUGUUAAUUUGUGUUCAGAAAUGACAAAGUCAACUUUUUUAAGGGUGAAGCAUGAAGCAGAAUUAGCCGUCAAAAUUUUGGAAGACAAAACUGUUGAUAGUUUUCAUGUAUUAUUUUUGAUGCCUGUCAAAUUCACCAGGAAAUUUGAACACAUUUUUCAUAUAACCUGUGUAGAAGAGCUUAAAAACACUGUUGAUAAAUUGAAUCAACAUGAUCGGCUAUUGGACUAUGGUGGUAACUAUGUUCAUACAGUUAUACCAGAUGUUAUGUCACUUUUACAGAGAGCAUUGGAUAAAAGGAUUGAUCUUGUACAAAUCAAACAAUACCCAGUCACACAGUGGGAUAUUGAUGACACACCACCAUCUCUUGAAGACCAGAAGGUAACUGUUGGUAUUUCAUUGAAUCCAGAAUUUGCAUUUUCAUCAAUUGAUAAAGGACCACCUGCAGACUCACCUGAGGCUAAGGAAUUUCGAGAGUUUUGGGGAGAAAAAUCUGAGUUGAGAAGAUUUAAAGAUAGCAGUAUUACUGAGACUGUCCCAUGGACAACAGAGAAAUCUAUGGACAGAAGACGUAUUAUUUGUUCAUAUGUUGUUAAGGAAGUACUGAGGAGAUGGGCCAAAGUUACUUGUAUAUCAUACAUUGGAGAUCAGCUAGAUCAGGUGCUAUCAUUGCCCAUUCAGUCCUAUGAAAAGAAUUACAUUUAUGGUACAGGAGAAGAACAACAUUCAGCUUUAAUGCAGUCGUAUGACAAUUUAUGUAAAGUGCUACGUAAUCUGAAAGAUAUGCCGUUGACGAUAAACUCUAUACAGGGGACAUCACCUGUGUUUAGGUUUGCUGAGGUGUUUCCUGCAUUGCCAGCUACAUUCUUCUACCAUGCUAAAGUGAGCAGUGAUAAAAAAGACCUAAGACUAUUACCACAGUCGGAUAAACCAUGUCCUCCUUACACAGCUGUUACUAAAGUUGUAUGUUUAUUGGAAGGUAGUGGUCACUGGCCUGAUGAUAAGGAUGCAUUCAGAAGAAUCAAAGCUGCCCUGCACAUCAAAUUUGGAGAAAUACUCAGCGACCAGCAUGAUUUACCUGUCGCUAUAAAUAUUGACCAUGUAGAUGUCAGAUUUGAGGAUUAUGUAUUCAGGUUAGAAUUACAAUACUUGAGAGAAAUAGCCUUACUGAAGAAAGUUACUUCCCCUGAUGGAAUGGUGAAGUUUGUAGACAAUGAUGAGGCGCUGAGAUUAGAGCAGGACAUAAAACUACUUCCCAUUCUAACCAGUACAUUACACGGGAUACAACAAAAGUUUAACAGUUUUUGUGGCUCAGUAAGACUAGCCAAACGCUGGAUCUCAUCUCAGCUGUUGGCAGAUCAUGUCCCUGAUAUAGCUGUAGAACUAAUGGUGGCAUACUUGUAUACAAGUCCUGGACCAUACACAGUGCCAUAUAACCCUUUAACAGGAUUUCUCAGAUUUUUACAUCUGGUAGCGACUUUUGACUGGAAGAUGUCUCCUUUGGUUGUCAACCUCAACACAGAACUUAAAGGUGAAGAUUACUCAGAAAUCACAUCAAAUUUUACCAAGUCCAGAUCUAGUCAUCCAGUAAUGUUCAUUUCCACACCACAAGAUAGAUUUCAAUCUGUGUGGACCAAAAAACAUCCUACACCUAUGAUCUUACAAAGACUUGUCAUCCUGGCUACUGAAUGUCUUCAGAUAAUAGAAUCACAGAUUGGAGAAAUUGGACCUUCUGUACCAGAUUUUAAGCAAAUAUUUCGCCCAGCUGUUGACGAUUUUGAUCUUUUGAUCCACCUUCGAGGAAAACAACUUGCCUGUGAUAGAAUGAUGAUUGACAGGCCAAAGAAGUUAUAUAACCCACCAUUGGGUGAUAGUUUGGACAAUAAAUAUAAGACAAACCUGCCAGUGUAUGACUAUGAUCCGGUGCAGAAAUAUCUACAGGAACUCAGGGAGAAGUAUGGCAAUUUAGCCCUGUUUUUCUAUGAUAGAUAUGGUGGCCAAGUGAUAGGUGUACUCUUCAAUCCAAAUGCUUUUCAGCCAAAAGAAUUUUCAGUAAAUCACAUGUUCUGCCGGAAACCAGAGACAUCACAAAAUGGUCACACAGAAGUGGUAAUGAAACCAAAUAUUGCAGCAAUUAAAGAGGACUUUGUUAUUUUUGGUGAAGGACUUGUUGCUAGUGUUCAAAUGUUGAAAUCUGAUUUGAAAUAAGUAAUAAAAUAUGCAAGGACAUUUGCACAAGCAAUUGAAAUAACUU